AUGGGAUAUGUUCAAUCAAAAAAUGAUUAUUCUUUGUUUCUCAAAGAUUCUCAGGCUUCAAAGACCAUUAUUGCAGUAUAUGUUGAUGAUAUACUGAUUACUGGUCCAGAUGAUACUGAAAUACAGACAGUGAAAAACACUCUUCAUCAAAAGUUCAGCAUUAAAGAUUUGGGUGAGCUGAAUUAUUUUCUUGGGAUAGAGGUGUCCAGGCUUGCUACUGGUGUGGUUCUUACACAAAGAAAGUUCACAAGGGAGUUAUUAGCAGACUGUGAACUUGAUGUAUCUAGAGUUGCUAAAACACCACUACCAGUUUCUAUGAAGUUGAGUUCUGAUGAUUCUGCCCCUUAUAGUGAUCCUGCUAAGUACAGAUGUUUGGUUGGGAAGUUGAAUUUUUUGACUUACACUCGUCCAGAUUUGUGUUAUGCUGUACAAACUUUGAGCCAAUAUCUACAUAAUCCUACUGUUUCUCAUUUUAAAGCUCUGCAUCAUCUUCUUAGAUAUGUGGCUUAUACAGCUGCAGGGCAUCAUGAUACAGUCUACUACCAAGCUUGUUCUGCAAGGAAGUCCAAGAAACAAGGGACUAUUUCCAAGUCAUCUUCAGAAGCAGAAUACAGAGCCAUGGCAGCUGCUGCUUCAGAAAUAACUUGGUUAGUCAGGUUGCUGCAGGAACUAGGAGUUCCUAAUUUGGGUCCUAUUCAGCUGAAAUGUGACAAUCAGUCAGCAAUCCACAUUGGCAAGAACCCAGUUCAUCAUGAAAGAACAAAACACAUUGAACUUGACUGUCAUUUUACAAGGGAAAAAGUGCUGGAAGGAUAG